CGCCCAACUUUACAAGCGCGGCGCAGCGCAUCGUUUCCUGUCUUCCUUUGUGCUAUUAUUGAUCUAAAAUUUUGCGGCGCUGAAAUCAAUCAUGGUGCGAAACAAGCCGCAGCGGCGGAAUGAUGACCGCGGACGGAAUGGCUACGGCGAUGAUAGAAAUCACCAUGGCUUCCGACGCUCACCACCGCGCUUUACUCCAUCCCGCGAUAGGUCCUAUCGCGACUCUGACAACUGGCGACCUGGCGACGGUCGGAGGCCAGAUUCGAAUUCACGACCCUACAGCGAUGAUCGCCGUGGAGGGGGCGCCGAUUCAUACCGGCCGCAUGUCCCUCAGGGCGACUUCACUUUCCGCAUGGACAAGCCGGCUGGCAUCUCCAACUACGUGCCCAACGGCCAGCCGCCGCAAAGGCGCCCCCCGCGAAGAGAUGGACGUGGAGGUGGCCCUCGCAGGCCCGGCAGGCCUCGUUGGCAGCCGCCUCCCCACCCCUCUGAACGAGCGUUGAUAUCGGGCGUCACCACAGGCCUCCCCGAGGAGAGUGUGCAUACUGGCGAAGGCGCAAAGUUUCGUGAUCUAGACGAGCUUUCGGACGAUGACGAGCUUGACAUGGACAUAUCGUCACGAUCGUCUCUGUCUGAUACCGAAGAACCCUCCAAGAAGCGAGUGCGCACAGCCGUAGCUGACGAGUCUGCUAAUGCGGCCCCCAAGUGGUCCAAUCCAGACCCGUAUACAGCACUGCCGUGCCCAGAUGAUGCUACGCGCAAGAAGCGGGAUGUUGUGAAACUUAUUCGCAAGGCUAGAUUGGAAGAUAACUCAAACAAGCCGCUCGUGUCCACAGAAGCUGAAGAUUUCCUCUCAUUCGAUCUCAGUGACGAGGAAGGUGAGAAUGAAAGUGAUAUCAAAGUUAUUAAAGCCUCAGAGCUACCGCCGCCACCACCGCCGCCCAGUGAAUUACCACCCCCACCGCCUCCUCCACCAGCUUCUGUAAACUAUAACAACAACAACAACAACAACAACAACAACAACAACAUUGAACCUUUGGGCAGAGGCAUCCAUUCUCUACCAAACAAACCAGCUGCACCACAAGAUAGAUCAGAUCCUCUCGGUUCUCGCAAGCGCACUCACGACGACGAGAUCAUUCAACCACCAAAUUACAAGCAGUUUAAGAAGCCCAAUAUGAGACCCUCAAAAGGAACUCUGGUGCCAAACUGGACGCCGAAACCAAAUGAAGAGCCUUGUCCAUGGGCAACUGUCGACCACUCUGCAACGACCAAUAUGGCAUUUCGACUGCACAAAGAAGUCAUGGACUUCUAUGAAUUCGUUAAGCCAUGUGACUUUGAGCAGACGAUUCGCAACAAUCUGGUUGAAAACUUGAAAAAGGCCAUGAAGAGGGACGACAGAAAUUUUGCCAACGCCCAGCUUUUCCCGUUUGGUUCAUUCAUGUCUGGACUAUAUCUUCCAACGGCUGAUAUGGAUUUGGUUGUUUGCUCUGCCAGCUUCAUGCGAGGCGGUCCACCUACCUACUUAAGCGCUAAAAGCUGGCUGUAUAAGUUCCGAAAGUUUCUGGUCGCCCAACGAAUUGCAGAGCAAGAAUCGAUCGAGGUUAUUGCCCACGCUCGAAUCCCGCUGGUAAAAUUCAUUGAUAGGGUUACUGGGCUGAGAGUGGAUGUGUCGUUUGAAAACCUCGGCGGAGUCAAGGCCAUCGACACAUUUUUGCGUUGGAAGGAGGAGUAUCCGGCAAUGCCUAUCCUUGUCACUGUGAUUAAGCAUUUUCUUCUGAUGAGAGGCUUGAACGAACCUGUCAACGGAGGCCUGGGCGGAUUUUCAGUCAUUUGUUUGGUCGUCAGCAUGCUUCAACUCAUGCCACAGGUCCAGAGCCGUAGCCUUGUCCCAGAACACCAUCUCGGAGAGAUGCUCCUUGAAUUCUUUGAGCUAUACGGGCGGAACUUUGACUAUGAAGUGAAUGCCAUUUCGCUCACCAGCCCUAUUGGAUAUGUCCGCAAGAGCCAAGUAUCAAGCUUCACAUACAAGAAGACGGACCGCCUCUCAAUCAUUGAUCCGAACAACCCUGCUAAUGACAUCUCUGGCUCUUCGUCUAAUACAGAAGGCGUUCUGUCUCGCUUCCAUGAUGCUUACCUUACUCUACGAGACCGUAUGCAACAAGUUGGUAACGAUCCUAAAUGCGGUGGCAUUCUUGAUGUGCUUUUCAAGGGCGAUUACUCCUCCUUCAGGAUGCAGCGGACUUUCCUCCAGCAUAUCUAUGAAAAGCGUGGUUAAUCGUGUUCUGGCCGAAGGGAUAUAAGUUGUUUUAUGGCUAUUAAUGAAGUAUUGGCGUUUACGGAUACCUAAGACUACGAAUAGUUGCAUUUGGACGGAAUGGAGGCUUAUAAAAGUGACUGUUUCUGUGGCGCGUGGAAAGAAGGAUUCAAGUGUUUUUUUUUCUCUUCUAUUUUCUUCUUUCUUUUUUACAGCCCCCUUUUUUGUACACUUAUCUGUAACGUCCUGGAUCACUGCUGAAGUACGGAUUAUGGGGAUUGGCUUUUCUUAACUUUGCUUGAUUUAGGAAAUUGUUGGUGGCUGCCAACUAAUGGAUUGAUCAGGACUUGCGACAAUUUGAACCUACCUGUUACCUACGCUUUCUAUCGGCGCGAUCGACCGCUAUUACUACUAACAGGGCUGUACAGUGAUAUGAAGAGAUGAUGGAAUUUUUUGACAGCUAACUAUAGAGCAUAGAGAGAUUCUCCGCCUCAGCGACGAAGCUGCCAGGAAUGAGG